UUGACAAUGGGGAAAUAUUGAACCACGUGAUUUACUUUCACUUUAGAACAGACGUAGGUUCAGAGUACACAAACACACACUUCUUACUUGUGUCACCAAUCAUGGAUCUUGUACGCGUAUUGGAAACAUACAGAGGACAUGACAGAAUUAUACGACUCAGUACCUAUGUGUGUAUGUUUGUAAGUGGGGACCGAAAGGGAUUAGCUUUUGACCGGAUCCGCGCUAUUGCUACAGAUCUAGGUGCUUGCAGAGUAAUCCUAAGAUUAUUUGAUGACUUGCCAAUGCUAUUCUACAAUCUUUCUUACGGAACAGGGAGUAAGGAGAAGAGCACACUAUUAAGAAUAUUGAACCUGCUAACAAACAUUAUUAACCAAUCAUUUUAUCCUGUGGAGCAUAUUGCCUGGUUAGCUGACAAACAGGUGAUCAACACAGACUCCAAGAAAUGGUGGGUGCUAGGCGUAAUGAUCUGGGCUCUUUCUUUAGUGGCUGAAAUACUCAAACAAUUAGUUAGUAUUAGCUUGAUAAGCAAAAAGUUGAAACAGACAAAGAAGCAGCAAUAUUUGGAGUCCACUGAUGAAAGAGAAGAAUCCGUAGAGAGCACAUCUACAGAAGCAAAAGUACUGAAAGCUAACUUACUGGAAGCACGAUUGUCACUUCUUUCGGCUUCAUCGGAUUUUAUCAAUGCUAUAAACUGGUGCCCUCCUGGUGUUUUAUGGGCAGGGAAACUGUCGAGAUCAUGGAGUGGUGUGUUUGGAAUGUUGUCAACUAGUAUUAUGUUAUAUAAAAACUGGCCUAAGAAGUCGUAAAUGAGUAUUAUGUAUAAUCAUUUCUGUAAUCAGAGGCCAAACAUUUUUUUAAAUUCCCCACCUAUUUCAUUCAAGGCGUCUGUGCAAUAAAGAAAACCGUAUUAUAGAAUUUGAAUACAUUUUUUCAUAAGGAAAAUAAAUAAUUACUAGUAACCGUAAUUAGCAAAAGUAUUAAGAAAAAGUUUAAUAAAUACGGAUUAAAAGGGUGUUAAGAGAAUCUUAAGAUAUAAAACAAGAAAGACAAAUCUGAGACUAUUAAACUAAUUAGAUAUUAGUACCAUGGAAGUAAUUUAAAUAUUACUUCCAUGUUAGUACUAAAUUCCAAGGGAAAAUGAUAAAAAAAAAAACAAGGAAAAUUAUGUUAAGAAUUAAAGAAUAAGUCCCCUCAAUGCAGACCUUGAUAAUUGUUAUAUAGUGCCAUUUAUUUAUAGUUGUCUUUCAUGCUACAGAUUAUUUUUAUAUUGUAAAUACUGUUUUACUUGUUAUAUGCAAUUGAUAUAUUUGGAAUAUUAAAAUCUUAUAUAGCAGA